GCACCAGCUCACUCCCACUCCUCCCUGCCUGCACAUCUGCCUGGACGAGGGCUCCGGGGCCUGGAUCCGGACUGCAGCAUGCGGCUGCUUUUCGAGGCAGCGGUUCUGUGCCUGACCCUGGGCUUCGGGCGAUGCGCCAAGGAAACACCACAGGAGAACACCGUCCACCAAACUCCCCAGGCGGAGUCAUCCUAUUCAGAGUGGGGCAUCGGGGCCAUCCGGGACAGCUUCGAAAUGGUUAACAGCUACUUUGACUCCUUCUUGGAACUGCUUGGGGGAAAAAACGGCGUUUGUCAGUACAGAUGUCGAUACGGGAAGGCUCCAAUGCCGCGACCUCACUACAAACCCCAAGAACCCAACGGCUGUAGCUCCUAUUUUCUGGGGCUCAAGGUACCCGAAAGUCUAGAUUUGGGCAUCCCUGCCAUGACCAAGUGCUGUAAUCAGCUGGACAUUUGUUACGACACCUGCGGGGCCAACAAAUACCGCUGCGAUGCCAAGUUCCGCUGGUGCCUCCACUCCAUCUGCUCCGACCUCAAGCGCAGCCUCGGGUUCGUCUCCAAGGUGGAAGCUUGCGAAUCCGUCGCAGACGCAGUGUUCAACACCGUCUGGACCCUGGGCUGCCGGCCCUUCAUGAACAGCCAAAGGAGCGCCUGCAUUUGCAACGAGGAAGAACGAGAUGAAUUGUGA